AACAACACCAAAUUCAAUCGUAUUAUCACCAACUACUCACUCAGGUAGUCGUCGUGUAACCACAUACUUACGAAUCUUUUGCGCUUUCGUACACUCAUCAUGGGCUCCGUCGUACUUCCCCAUCUCAACACCGGCUGGCAUGUGGACCAAGCCAUUCUCUCAGAGGAAGAUCGUCUCGUCGUCAUUCGCUUCGGCCGCGAUUGGGAUCCCGAUUGUAUGCGCCAGGACGAAGUACUGUACAAGAUCGCCGACAAGGUGCGCAACUUCGCCGUGAUUUAUCUCUGCGAUAUCGACCAGGUUCCCGACUUCAACCAGAUGUACGAGCUGUACGACCCGUGCUCCCUCAUGUUCUUCUUCCGAAACAAGCACAUGAUGAUUGAUCUGGGAACUGGUGACAACAACAAGAUCAAGUGGGUUCUUGAGGAUAAGCAAGAGCUCAUUGACAUUUUCGAAACGGUGUAUCGAGGUGCCAAGAAGGGACGUGGUUUGGUCGUCAGUCCCAAGGAUUAUUCUACCCGACACAGGUACUAGCCGUGGAAACGGCCAUCAGGAUUUGAGAUUUGGGCGUGGACUGGAGUUGGACUUGCUUUUGAGGUGCUAAUACGUUUAUGAACGCUGGAGGAAGGUAGGGAUAUUGGGCUUCCGAGUCGAUCGAUAAUGAGACUACGAUACGAUCCAAUUCGUCAAGGCCAACGUUCUAUGGACCAAAUGGUGAGAUUCCUCGAUGCGUAUUUGAACCAGUUUGAACCGCUUCUCUGACACAGUCUGUUAAGAUAUACAAGUUUGCCGUGGGAACAGUGCAGCCUGGCUUAUGAUCUGGAGAGCAUAUUGUCAGAGGCAAACUAAGAGGUAGGACUACUAACCACGCGUAGCUGUGCCAUUCAACCAAGUGAGACUCGUAGGCUGCUCAUCGUGCUUGAGUCAUGACAGAUCGCGUUGUCAAUAUCAUAGAAUCACGGGCCCCUACUGGGGAAUAUUGAGUGAAGCAAGAAACCAUCAGACUGACUUGAAGUACUGCAUAUGCUAGCAACGGCCUAUAAACCAAACGGUCAUGUUCUGUGGUACUUCCGAGGUGACUUGGGCUGACGAACCUCAAACGUCCCCAAGUGUUUCGACUUGUCAAACCAGAUGAAGCCAUCAAACUGCUCUGGCAAGACGGCAUAUAGGUAAUGCGAAGCCUUCGCCAUCUCAGGCCUAUACAGCACACCGAUAAGCCUUUCCAGCCUCUUCUCGUUGAGUGUUUUUGGUAGCUUCUCAUCGCAUUUGCCUUUACGAAGAUCAAGAACAAUGUUAUCAAUGCCCGC